GUCACUCACGUGAUCCAAUGUUCAACCAGUCACGUGCUGCUCGUGAUACAUCCGGAAACGUCAAUCAUCGGAUUGAACACGGUGAAGUUCCGUAGUAUAGUGAAUUAAUGUAGAAUAUUUUAUUUAAUGCCAUGGCGUCGCGAGCUAUCACGUGGAUGAUAACCAUCUCAUUGGCUGUUGCUCACAUAAACCCUGUAGAGAGUGAUUAUAGGCCUAAAGUUCAGUCUCCUCAGAAGAUCCUUUUGGAUGAAAUCCUUGAUAGAUAUGGAGAAACAUCCAUUCGACCAGUCAUCAAUCAAUCUCAUCCGGUCAUCUUAAACCUGAGGGUAUACUUCAACCGGAUAGUGUCCUUUAAUCAAGGAGACCAGGAAUUAAAAGUUAUCAUCGAUGUAAAGAUGUAUUGGCGAGAUGAAUACUUUACGUGGGAUCCAGCAGAACACGAUGGCGUUGAUUUUCUCUUCGUGCCGACGGACAAGAUUUGGACUUUCGAUCUAACCCUUUAUUCAUCAGCCAGCAAAUCACUGGUUGAGAUGGAUCAUCACGUGGCCAAAGUAACAUCAGACGGUAUGGUAAAAUGGUAUAGUUCGGCUGUCCUGCAUUCAACCUGUUUGGUGCGCCCUCAGUAUUUUCCUUUCGACAAGCAAUACUGUAAAGUGAUCUUAGCUUCUUGGGCUUACGACACUAGCUUGGUAACCAUCAAGGAUUCAUCGCUAGAAGGUCCUAUUUUACUUCAACGUUUCAUGUCAAAUGGCGUGUGGGACCUGCCGAGUACCGAAAAGGAAAACGUACUAAAGAACUGGGGAUGCUGCACCAACCCAUAUUCAGAGAUACAUUAUCUACUAAUUUUCAAGCGCCAGCCUGCAUACUACGUAAUCACCCUAAUCAUACCUGGUAGUGUUUUGUCCAUGGUCUCCCUUCUCGUCUUCUUUAUGCCUCCGGAUUCCGAGGAGAAAGUGGCCCUAGCUUCUAGCAACCUCCUGGCCAUGCUACUGUUUCAGGAACUCGUGUCGACCUCGAUGCCUCCGAUAGGCGAUCAGUUCCCACUCAUAGGAUCCUUUUUCGUCGCUUCGAUCGUUGUCAGCACAUUUUCCAUCUUGGCAUCUCUUUUCAUCAUGUACCUGCACAACAAAGACAACCGACCAGUCCCCAUGUGGCUUCAGAAGCUCACCAAGCUCACCGGUUCUCAGCACCCCAAACCGGUUCAAUCCAGACCUACCUGGGUAAAUCGGCGCCUCUCCGGUCUUAUCUGCACCAUUUCUAAGGCGGUUUACCCCAUUGGACAUCGUCAGGAAACUUUUCUUGGAGAAAGUGCGGACGUCGGCGAUCGCCAGAAGCCGCUGAAGAAUGAGAAUACUGACAACAGAAGUUCUCGCCAACUGGAAACGAAGGGUGAGAUCGUUGCCCAGUGGAAAGAGGUGGCCAAGAAAGUGAACCGGGCAACAGCAUUUCUCUUGACCAUCUUAGUCGUGCUAUCAGCACUGGUGAUAAUAUUCAAGUACAUCGUUCAAGAGGAAGAAGACUUCUUAGACAGGAUCUAGCUGAAGUAUGGCGCCCUCAUCAGUUAUUUCGCAAAAUAUCAUGGUAUAUGUGUUACAAAGGGUAGCAGAACUGGUAUCCUAGUGAGCAUCAAUGAGAUGUUCGGAAUGUUGCAUCCUCAGACCCUGUGUAGAUUAGGUCUUGAGAUGCCAUUCAGAGUGCUCAUUAAAGGACAAGUCCAAUCCCCAAAAAGUUGAUUUGAAUAAAAAGAGACAAAUCUAACGAGCAUAAUAUUGAAAAUUUCAUCAAAAUCGGAUAUAAAAUAAGAAAGUUAUGACACUUUGGAGUUUCGCUUAUUUUUCACAAAAUAGUUAUAUGCACAAUUUAGUCAAAUGCAAAUGACAGAAUCGAUGAUGUCCCUCACUCACUAUUUCUUUUGUAUUUUAUUGUUAAAAUUAAACAAUAUUUCAAUUUUUACAGAUUUGACAACAAGGACCAACUUGACUGAAACAUAAAAUGUUAAAUAAUGGUAAUUCCACAUGUUCAGGGAGAAAUAAAACUUUGUUUCACAGGACAAUGAUGAGAAAACUAGAAUAUUUCAUAUAAUAAAAUACAAAAGAAAUAGUGAGUGAUGUCAUCAGUUCCCUCAUUUGUAUACCGACCGGGAUGUGCAUUUAACUGUUUUGUGAAAUUAAGCGAAAUUUAAAAAUGUCAUAACUUUCUUAUUUUAAAUCCAAUUUUGAUGAAAUUUUCAGUGUUCUGCUUGUUGGCUUUUUCUCUUUUUAUUCAAAUCAACUUUUUGUUGGGGUGAACUUGUCCAUUACUGUUUUAUGGUAAAUUUUGCCAUAUUUUAAUCUAAGCAGAUUUUGAAAUGUCAGAACAUAAAAUUCUAGGUAUUCUAGGUGAAACAUUGAAAAUGGUGAUUUAUCCCUGAUUUGAGUAAAUAUUCUGCUAAGGAACAAAUAAGGCGAAAAAUAACUUCAGCCAUCAUUUCAAAUGACCAGGCAGUGCAUUUGUCACAUGAUUUCAGAUAUUCUAGGGUCACGAAAGCGAUUUCACUCUUAAUAAUGUAGUGCAGAAAAAGGAAGUGCCCCACCACUUGAGUGAUUUACAUUUACAAAAUGGAGCCUGGGUGGCAGACGCACUAAAAUGUUGAUUAUUUUUAUCUACUAUCUCAUUUUGAUUGUCUUCAGUUGUUAUUUUGAAUUCUGAUGUUUGUUUUUCUUCAAUUUUAAUUUUGCAGUUUGCUAGAACAAUAGUUUUGAUUAAACACACUUCAUGUAUGAAGAUUAGUGAUAUGGAACGGUUGCUUUUUUUAAUUGUAUGGUACAAGAAUACUAUGAGCUGUAAACUGAGUCAGACACAUUAAUUUGCUUUCAUUCCUUUAAAGAAGUAAUUUGCUUUAUAGUUUCCUUGGCUAUUCUACUGCUGUUUGCACGAUCAAACCAUAUUUGUUCUACAUAAGAAAAUUAUAUAUGUAUCUACAGUGAACAGUGAACACCAUGAAAUAUUUUAGUAAUAAAGACAAGUAGUGCAAAUAUACUUUGUUUCCACAGAGUGUUUUUAAUGUCAGGUUUAAGAUGGAUGAAUGUUUUCAUAUCAAAAUACAAUUCAUUGUUUAUUCAUGACCACUUAAAUGUAUGUUCUGUAUUAUCAAGAAUGUUCUAUUCAUUGGUCUAUGGUACAAUUAUCAAUAAAUUAGAG